AUGGGUCUCAACUACUUCGCCUCGUCGCCCACCGUGGUGCUCCCACCUCGGCAAGCACACGGCUACUACGCUCCCCACCAGCGCUCACUUUCACCGGGUACCUACCGUCCCAAGUAUCCUACCCCGCCAUCGCUCAAUUAUCAGGCUUCGCCUGUAUCCAAUGCCAAAGUUGGGCGAAAACGAUCCAUCACCGACGUCGACGACCCCGAGGAGAACCGCCCAGUCGGCGCAGCCGUCACGCAAGAACCCGUAAAGCCCAAACCAGAACCCAUCUACGGUCCGGGUAUGACGCUCAUCUACCCUGGCGAGCCUGGCUACACAAUGGCUGCCGAAUCCCAGUCCGGUACCUGGUACGAAGAGAAGAUCGAGAAGGAAGAGAAGGCGGAACCCGUCCGUUCCAUCGCUGUCUCGCGCAAGUCGCAGCGCAUGGACUCUGCGAUUAGCAUCGUCGUCCCGUCACUCAAUGUGAUGGUCAUGGACGCGCAAAGGACCGACGCCAUCAUCGACGAGAACGGUACCACCCUCAACACGCUCAUGUCAUCGCUUGGCGUAGGCUGGAAGAACGUCAUGACCAACCCGAUGCUACGCGAUGCUGCACGCGCCUACUCACGCGUCAUUGAGAACCACUUCGACCUCACUGAUGCAGUCAUCCUGCUGGAGAAGGAAUCGCUCUCAGCCUAUCUUGUGCGCGCAAAGCAACACGGCGUGCAAGGCUUCUGGCUCUUCUCCGACAGUCUCCAGUGGGGCCAGCUCGUCGGAUGGUCACUCCAACGUACAGUGCAGAACCUCAUGGCCGGUCCUGUGCCACAAGUUGAAGGCUCUCGCCUAAAUGCUCGCCAACGGACCCCUUCGGAGCCCUCAACCCCUCCGUCACAGGACAAUAUCAUGAUGGCUGAAGCCGACGCGAUGGAGAUGUGA